AAACGUGGGCGGUCCUUGUAUCUAGGAAGCAGUGCAGGCACCGCACCGGUUAUAGCGUGACUGUUAGCGUCGACCCACCAAAUUAUAGUUUUUAUCGUCUGUUAUCUGAAGUAAAUAGUGAAAAUGGGUGAUGAUGAGGAGAAAUAUGACGGGAUGUUGUUGGCCAUGGCGCAGCAGCAUGAAGGAGGAGUGCAGGAGCUGGUGAACACAUUCUUCAGCUUUCUAAGAAGGAAAACUGAUUUCUUCACAGGAGGGGAGUCUGGAGCCCCAGAAAAGCUAGUUAAAGAGGCGUUUGCUCAUCACAAUCAGCUCGCCCUCAAAGUCCAUAAAGAGAAGCAGUCCAGACAAGAGAAGGAGAAGCAGGAGAAGGCUGACAGAGCUGUUAAACUGAAGGAAGAGGAGAAGAAGCAGCAGGACACGGAGGAGCCCAGAAUCAAAGAGCUCACAGACGAGGAGGCCGAGAGACUCCAGGCGCAAUUAAAUCAAACAAAAGAAGAAAAGAAAAAUGCAGAGGUACCUGAGAAAACGGACGGAGAUGCAUCAGAAAAAGACAAAAAAGGGUCGGACUCAGAAGCAGAGGAAGACGAAAAAGACAAAGACAAGAUAAAGCCCAACUCUGGAAACGGAGCAGACCUUUCAAGCUACCGCUGGACUCAGACGCUGUCUGAAGUGGACCUGGUGGUGCCGUUCGACGUGAGCUUCCGCCUGAAGGGGAAGGACGUGGUGGUGGACGUGCAGCGGCGCUCCCUGAAGGUGGGGCUGAAGGGUCAUCCGCCCGUGAUCCACGCACAGCUCUACAACGAGGUGAAGGUGGAGGAGAGCUCCUGGCUCAUAGAGGACGGGAAAGUGGUCACCGUCCAUUUUGAGAAGAUAAACAAAAUGGAGUGGUGGAGCAGGUUAGUGACCACGGACCCCGAAAUCAACACCAAGAAAAUCUGCCCCGAGAACUCCAAGCUGUCGGAUCUGGACGGGGAGACGCGCAGUAUGGUGGAGAAGAUGAUGUAUGACCAGAGGCAGAAGUCCAUGGGGCUGCCCACCUCUGAAGAGCAGAAGAAGCAGGACAUCCUGAAGAAGUUCAUGGCUCAGCAUCCGGAGAUGGACUUCUCCAAAGCCAAGUUCAGCUGAGAGCUGUCACCCAAAACAUAUCUGAGGCUCAUCUCUCCUCAGACGUUAGAUGACUGUUUGUCUAACUUGUUCACCUUUGUCAUGCUGGAAGUGUUAUUAUACAUGUUUUUUUUUUUAAUAAAUAAUUUCAAACCCUA